AUGAUGCAGGGUACGAAGGAGCGGUGCGCGGGGGCGGGUGGCUGGGCCAGUGGGCGGUGCGGUGCCGUGCCGGGGGCGGUGCGCGGUGCCGGGAAGGGUACGCGGCGGCGGCGGCGGAUGGCGGCGGAGCUGCAGGAGCUGCGGGCGCUGGUGGAGCGGGUGGGCGGGCGGCGAGGCGUGCUGCUGGUGGCCGAAGUAGCGGAUGGGGUCCCGGUGGCGGCCACGCUGGCCGUCUUCGCCUGCGACCUCCUGGGAGACGAGAUGCCGCCGGAGCCGGGAUGCCGGUCCCGGCGGCGGGUGGUUGGCGGUCGGCGGGCGCUGGGAGCGCGGCUGCUGCUGGUGCUGUGCCGCGGCGGGGCGGCGCGGAGCUACGAGACCCGGGCCCGUCUGCGGGAAAUGGUGCGGGACGUGCGCAGCCGCCUGCCCGCAGCACCGCCGCCCGCUGUCGUCGGCGUCCUCCUGCCCGGCGGCGACGGGGAGGACGCGGCGGUGCUGGACGCCGCGCUGCGGCGGCACUUCCCGGCGUCCGGCACGGUGCAGGCGGCCCGGUACAGCCCCGGCAGCCCCUCGGCACUGCGCGACUGCCGCGCCGCUGCCUGCCGCGCCCUGCGGGCCGCCCUGCAGCACCCCGCAGAAGAGGGGAAAGACAGGCAGAGGUGGAGGUUCCCAUCCUUCCUGCGGUGCAUUUCUUGGAGCUGGAGGAACCAGAGAAAAGCUCAUGAAGCAAAAGCUGCAAACAAUGUUCAUGAAGAUGACCUGCAGGACUCUGAGGAAGAAGUGGCUCUGACCAGCCUGUCUCCCAAUGGAAACUGUGAAGAAGCUGUUGGACACACAGGCACCUAGAGCUGCUGGGUGCCUAGCACAGUCUGUGUCCUGGAUCUGCCUGGUGGAGCUGGAGCAGUGAGAGUAGGAGCUGGUGCAUAUCCACUCACCCUCUCCUCCAAGGAGCCACCACUUCAGGGAGGAGCUGCUCGACUUAAUUCACCAGGAUCUUCUGUAGCUGCUGACAGCCUCUGAGGUCCAUGCCAGGGAGGUAUCCAUAGGAAUGCCUGGAGCUGUCAAUGGAAUCUGGGGCUUCUGAGAAGUCCAUUGGGAUGUAUCCCAUGUGCUGGGUGAGAUAAUGUUGGGACUUUGAGUGUGAAAUGCACCCUUCUGUUUGAAGAAUGAGCAAAGUCCCCUGCUGAGGUAACUGAGGCUGGCCUCCCUGGUGAACAGAUUCUGCUGCCUUAUUUUCCUGCUUUGUUGUUGCUUUGAAGUUCCCACCCUCUCUCUCAUCAGGCAGAAAGAAAAUAAGACUAAUAGCACAGUGGUGUGGAAACUGCAAUGGGACUAAAUAUGAGGUCUCAGAUCUACCAGCUUGAAUAGACUUGAAUAGGCUGAAAAGGCUUGACUGUAGCCGUGUAAUGUGAGGAACACAACAACAGCCCAAUGUGAGGAACAAGAAUAAUGCAAAAGAUCCUGAAGUAAUAACAGCUGGAGCAGAGCGUGGUUGGGAGCAGGAUCCAUCCCUCUGGCUUGGUGCUUAUGGACCAACUGAUGGACUGCUUGGAUUGGAGAGGUGGCAGAUGGACACUGAGCUGUGGCUGGCACUAGAUUGGUUCAUGUGAGAGCCCCAUUUUACCUGGGGCAUCUCCACAGUCAGGUACUGGUAGGUCUUGGAGGUGGCCUACAGCACAAAUUGUGACUGCUUCAUAAAUAAAUACAAAAAUACAUUUAAAAAAGGAUCUAUUUAAGUUGUUCCAAAAAGCUGCCUAUAGGCUGUGGGGCACCACAUCUACAAAUCCUUGGUUUACAAGGAAUUUACUGUCAUGCCAAGAAUAUAUUUUUUUAUUCUUUCUUUAAUGCAACAUAAACCAGGUCUGGUUUUAUUUCUAGCAUGAGCUGCUGGGUUUUGCUUGAGGCUGGCUGUCAUUUCGGAGCUGCACCCAGCUCAGGCUAGAAACUUCAACUUGUUAUGCCUUGCCUACCUCUUCUCUGGGUUAGCUGGUGAAUUUUGUCAUUAUGUUCUCUGUGCACUUCUGUCCUGUCUCUGGUUCCUUUGUAUCUGCAGUCCAGCCACCUCUGCCCAACACUUUGCCCCUGCAAUGUGUCUUUGGUGUCUUUCUAGCUCUCACUUGGAGCAGGUGGUACAUUUUGCACCCAGCUCUGCUCAUGACUGUCAUCAAUACUUUUCAACAAACCAUUUUUCUGUGCCUCAGUUUCCCCACCAUUAGGAUGAGGACAGCAACACCUACCUACCUCACUGGAGUUACGAUGGUAAUGCUGGAGCAAAGCUUCGCUGCUCUUGUGUUUAGAAUCAGUCCUUUCAUUGAUGGUGCUGCUUUGCCCUCUUGGCCAAGAGAAAGGCUAAGGGUGCCUGGGGCAUGCUGUUGACGCUGAGUGGGAGAGACAUGGAGUGUUUCCAGAUGUGCUCAGCAAGAGUCUGUGUUAGCACACUUUUCCUUUUAAUCUGUUAGGAUAGUUAGGCUUGGUCAGCUCCACCUGAAAUACAGCCAUAAGGUGUUGUAGCUGCCCUGUAAGGUGGCGAGAGGGAGGGGUAGGUGGAUGCCAAGUCUCUUGAGCAUCUCUUGACAGCAGAAGUGGAGUGUGGGCCAGAGACAGCAAACCUAGAAGGCUGCUGAUAUUGGUGGAGCACACUGCUCUGCAGAAAAGGCACCAAACCAACUCUCCUUUCAGUGUGCCAUUCUGUAGGUUUUGUUUGCUCAUGGCCAUGUGGCAAAUACAAAUGUAACUUACAUUUGAGGUGAGUGACUGUAUUCAUGACUCUAGACCUCAGUACUGAGUAGUAAGCAACAUGAAGGCAUCUUUCUGCUGUCUCUGCCAUGAGAGCACAGGUCUGCAGUGCAGUGGAUUCCCUCUACUCAUCAUCACAGCAGAACUCAAGUUGCUGGGCUGCCACAUGCUUUCCUGUGAAAGCCUUUAGUUAGGUGAGUCCAGUAGGACUUGACAAUAUGAUUGGGUGAAUUUUUAUUUCCUCGCAGUAUUUGGCCUUUGCUGCCUAGAAUUUACCAGUAAAGAGGUGGCCCAAGAGAACAGGUUUGCAGCUAAGCCUACCUUAUUGCUGCAAAUCCAAUGACUUUAAUUAUUGGCAUUUUUAAAGCAAACCACACAAGUUUGCCCUUGCAGUAAGACUUUAAUGGGUGAACUGCUUGGCAUUUAGGAGGUGUGAAUGGGAACAUACUUGACCAAAAGUAUUGUUUUCCUUUGAGGAAUAAAAGACACUGGAAUCGGGUUUGUUUGUUUGUUUUCCGCCUACUAGCUGGGCAUGUGGAGGUACAACAAAUAGUUUUACAUCUUCAGUUAAGGGCACUCUUAUGUGUUUGCUGUAAAGAAUAAAGACAUUUAUUUUCUGAAUUAGAA